UCUAGAGGCACUGAAAGGAUUCCCUUUCUUUUUUCUCGUAUUUUCCAGUUAGAAGUAACUUGUUCAAAUUGGGUGUUCUCCAAUUCCCAUCUCUUCAUUGGAAAUUCUUCUUCUGAAUCUUCUAUGCAUGAAUAGCAGGUUUCAAGUUUUGGGGUGUCUGUUUGUAUUUAAAGUUUAGACUUUUCAUUCUCCAUUGAAAGGAGGAGAGAUUUUAGAGAUGACCUUCAGGAAGUCUUUUCUUCCAAGAAUAUUUUCAUCCAAAGAGAAGACCAUAAGCCAAACCGACGAAGAUUCAUUCGAUUCUUCCGUGGAAUUUGAGAGAACCUUGACUUCUUCAGCUACCCCACCAUCCUUCAGAAAAAGCUUAUCUGUUGCAGAAUCAGAGUCUACUUCAAGGCUUGGGAGUCUAAAUUUCAGUAACUUACAGUCUCAGAUGUCGGACAUCUCAGACAGACGAGACUUCAGACAUUGUGCCGAAUGUUUAUCAUCAAUGCUGGCCCUGGUUUUAGGUUGCUGUGGAGGACAGUGUAGUCUUUUAUCGAUAGAAAAACCACUUCAAAGAUUCAUGGCAGGGUUCUCAGAGUUUGAUGAAUAUGUUCCCAUGGUAGACAAAGCUAUGGAUUCAAGCUAG